AUGCGUGUGGGAACAGGCAACUUGUUUCUUGUUGUAGUCCUGCUGGGCUUGUCGUCCCAAGCUGCACUCAGCCAAAUCCUGCUGCAGGCCUUCAAUUGGGAGUCAUGGAACAAGGGAGGACCCGGAUGGUACGACUACCUGCAGAGCCAGGUCGACGACAUCGCCGCCGCCGGGAUCACCCAUGUGUGGCUGCCACCGCCGUCGCACUCCGUGGACGCGCAAGGUUAUCUUCCGGGGCGGCUGUACGACCUGAACGUGUCCCAGUACGGGAACGAGACGCAGCUGAGGGCCCUCAUCGCGGCGUUCCACGGUAAGGGCGUCAAGUGCAUCGCCGACAUCGUCAUCAACCACCGCACGGCGGAGAGCAAGGACGGCCGCGGCGUCUACUGCAUCUUCGAGGGCGGCACGCCGGACGGCCGCCUCGACUGGGGCCCCCACAUGAUCUGCCGCAACGACAGCUACUCCGACGGCACGGGCAACGCCGACACCGGCCUGGACUACAAGCCGGCGCCGGACCUGGACCACCUGAACGACUGGAUGAAGAGCGACGCCGUCGGCUUCGACGGCUGGCGCCUCGACUUCGCCAACGGCUACUCCCCGGCCGUCGCCGGCAGGUACAUCAGCAGCACGACGCCCGACCUCGCGGUGGCGGAGAUAUGGACGGACCUGGCGUACGAGCAGGACGGGAGGCCGCGCGCCGACCAGGACGCGCACCGGCAGGUCCUCGCGGACUGGGUGGACGCCGUCGGCGGCCCCGCGGCGGCGUUCGAUUACACGACCAAGGGCAUCCUCCAGGCCGCGCUCAACUUCAGCCAGCUGUCGUGGAUGAAGGACGCCCAGGGGAGGGCGCCCGGUCUGGUUGGCCUGCGCCCACAUCAGGCCGUCACGUUCAUUGACAACCACGACACCGGUUCAAAGACGCAUCAGCUCUGGCCGUUCCCGCCGGCGAUGAUCUUGCAGGGCUACGACUACAUCCUCACGCAUCCAGGCAUCCCUUGCAUCUUUUACGACCAUUUCUUCGAUCCGGACAUGAAAGACCAGAUCACUACGAUGAUGAAGAUAAGGACGCGGAACAAGAUUGGGCCGGCCAGCAAGUUGCGGAUUCUCCUCGCUGAAAACGACGCAUACGUCGCAGAGAUCGACGGCAGUGUGCUAGCCAAGGUUGGACCUAGGUACGAUGUCAGCAAGUACGUUCCUGACGGCUUCCAGGUGACCACCAGUGGAAGCGAUUUCGCAAUAUGGGAGAAAAGUGCGGCAGUGAUGCUCCUGUUCCGGCGACAAAAGAGGAGGAGCAGGCGGCGGCGGAUGCAGGGGAUCGCCAACGCAAUUGAUCACUCCGAUGACGAGGACGACGACGACCCUGACCAAGCAGAUUUCGAAAUAGGGGUGGUCGGGCCUAGGAGGUACCACUACCGCGAGCUGGCGGCAGCGACCGGCAACUUCGACGAGGAGAACAAGCUCGGGAGUGGCGGCUUCGGCCCUUGGGUGUGGGAGCUCUACGACCGCGGCGCCGUGCUGGAGGCCGCCGACGGCAGGCUGGACGGUCAGUUCGACGUGUGGGAGAUGGAGCGCAUGCUGGUCGUAGGGCUCUGGUGCUCGCACCCGGUGUCCAGGGAGCGCCCGUCCAUCGUGCACGCUCUCAACGUGCUGCAGUCCCGGGAGGCCACCCUGCCGGCCCUCCCGACGAACGUGCAUCGUGGCGCCGCGGCGCCAACUGCCGGGUUCAGUGCGUACGUUCACUCUCUGUCGUCCGUAUCUGAUCUGAUCUGA